AUGCAGGUCGAGACGACGCCCGCGCCCGACGCGGGCGCAGACGGGAACACGACGAAGAAGCGGCCACGCAUCGACAUGGCCGUCGAGCCGCGCGAGCGCAAACGCGGCAAGACCAUGUUCGGGCUCGUCCUCGGCACGCUCAAGAGGGCGCAAAACGAGGACAAGGAGCGCAACGCGAGCGACGCAGCCAAGAAGAGGCAGUUGAUCGAACAGAGGUUACAGGAUAAGCUGCGGAAAGAGACUGACUCUGUCAGGCGCGCCGAGGAGGCGAAAAAGGACAAGACGAUCGCGAACCGCAAAGAGGAGGAGCUUCAGCUCAAGGACUCGAUUCAUAAACUCCGGCGGACACGGCUUCCCCUCUUGUCCAAUUUCUUGCUCACGUCCGAUGUGAUACCAUCCGGUGACUCCGAAGAACCCGCGUCCAUCAACCCGCUCGCGCCUCCGCCACGGACGCGCCCACCACCGCUGUACUACCUCCCCGCGAAGCUUCUCCCCUCCCAAGACGCGUUUCUCCAGAGGAGAAAAGCAGAGGUCAAGGAGGCGGCGGAGGCGGAGUGGGAGGCAUUCAAGACGGAGCGCGCUGCUGGUGUUGAGGAAAUCAACCAGCUCCGGCAGCGCGUCGCGGAGGAGGAGAGCCGCAAGAAGACAGAACGGCCAGAGGGCGACGACAAGCCGUCAGAACCCGCGGCCCCCGACGCACCGAUGGCAGUGGAAGAGGAGAAGCCCGCAGCACCCCCCGCGAGCGCACCAGAGGAGACCGGGGAGACAACCAUGGACGUAGACGACGCAAAACCUGCCGAAUCCCAGCCUGCCGAGGCGAAGGCGGGCGGGGAGAGUAAAGAGGACGCAGCUCCCAAGAAGACCGAGGCGCCGUCGGCUCCUGCGGCUGGAGACGACGAUGAUGCUGUUGAGUACUAG